AUGUCUACCUUUCCAGAAAAUCCAGUAAUUAUAGUUGGUGGUGGGCUUGCAGGCUUAUCCGCUGCUCACCAAGCAUACUUAAGAGGAGCCAAUGUUAUUUUGCUCGAUAAGCAGGGGUUUUUGAGUGGAAACAGUGGUAAAGCAACAUCAGGAAUUAAUGGAGCAUUAACAAGAACACAGGUUAAUUUGUCUAUUAAGGAUUCUGUUGAACAAUUUUAUGAAGACACUUUGAAGACGGCCAAAGAUAGAGCGAACCCUGAUUUGAUCAAGGUUUUGACCUAUAAUUCAGCAGAUGCGGUACAUUGGUUGCAAGAAGUAUUUAAUUUAGAUUUAUCCGUUGUAUCGAGAUUAGGAGGACAUUCACAGCCUAGAACACAUAGAGGAAAGGAUGCAAAGUUCCCAGGAAUGGCGAUCACCUAUAAGCUCUUGGAGCAUUUAGAAAACUUGUCUGAAAGUGAACCAAAUAGAGUCAAGAUUAUGAAGAAGUGUCAGGUUAUUGACUUAGUUAAGCUGGAUGACAACGAAUUCAAUAUUGUUGGUGUUAAAUAUAAGGACUUGACUGACAAGCUGAAACAUGAGUUAUUGGGGCCCGUUAUUAUGGCAACCGGUGGUUAUGCGGCAGAUUUCACCAAAAACUCCUUGUUGAGAAAAUACAGGCCAGAUAUCAUUGAUUUACCAUCCACCAAUGGUAACCAUGCUACAGGGGAUGGUCAAAAGAUUGUUAUGAAAAACAAGGGCAUUGGCAUCGAUAUGGAUAAAGUUCAGGUUCACCCAACUGGGUUAAUUGACUUAAACGACAAAGAUGUCAUAGCUGGUAAGACCACACCAAGAUUCUUAUUCUUAGGGGCAGAAGCUUUGAGAGGUGAAGGUGGUAUUAUUUUAAAUAAUAAGGGUGAAAGGUUUGUGGAUGAAUUAGGAACAAGAGAUUAUGUGAGUGGUGAGAUGGAGAAGCAAAUCAAGGCUGGUAAUGGUCCAUUAAGAUUGGUAUUAAGCACAAAGAGUGAAAAGAAUUUGCUGUUCCAUAUCAAACAUUAUACUCAAAGAAACUUAAUGAAAACUAUCAGUGGUGAUGAAUUGAUAAAGGAAAUUGGAUGCGAUAAAGACACCUUAGACAAACAAUUCGAAAAGUACAAUAAAGCUGCUUCUGGUGAAACGGAGGAUGAGUUUGGAAAGAAGUACUUUCCAAGUACUCCAUUUGAAUUUACAACCGAUAGUAAAUACCAUGUUUCGUUUAUCACAAGAGUCUUGCAUUUUACUAUGGGAGGUGUUAAGAUUAACGAUAAGACUGAAGUAUUAUAUGAUGAUAAUGAGCCAUUUAGUGGAUUAUAUGCAUGCGGUGAAGUAGCCGGUGGUAUACACGGACAUAACAGAUUAGGAGGUUCUUCUUUGUUGGCUUGUGUUGUUUAUGGUAGGGUUGCUGCUGACCAAGCUUCUGGUCACCUCUUACAAAGAUUAGCUGCUGCCAACAGCGCGGCCAUUAGUGCAACAAAAGAGAGUAAUGGAAGUGGCCCAGUUAGCAGAUUACAACAAAUCAGUCUCCAUAUCGAUCCAAAUCACCCUCAGCAGAUUACGAUCGAUUGGCUGGAUGGGAAGCAAGGACUCACCUCUACAGUUGAACAGCUGUCGCAACAAGAGAUUCAAGAAACCCCGAAACAACAUGAACCGCAAAUGCAGCAACAGAAUUCAAAGGACAAAAAGGAUGAUGCUGGACCAUUCCAAAUUCCUUCAAAAGAAUUUACAGUAGAAGAAGUGUCUAAGCACAAUAAGAAGGAAGACUGUUGGUGUAUUGUCAAAAAUGUUGUAUUAGAUUUAACACCAUUUUUGAAAGAUCACCCAGGUGGAGAACAAUCUAUUUUGAACUUUGCAGGUAAAGAUGCCACUGAAAGUUUUGAUAUGCUUCAUGAAGACAACGUUAUUGUUAGAUACGCCAAGAGCUGUGUAUUAGGUAGGCUUAAGGGCAAAACACCAGAACUUGACAUUUAG